CAAAACCGCCCGCUAUAUGGUAUCCAACUUAAGAAAGAGAGACAUUUUUAAGGAGGUCAUCGUCAAGAGGAUUUGGUAAGCGACUGAGUAACGCGCAGACAAGACAAGAUCCAAGUUACGUUACGGAAACUUAAAAAGCAAAGUCAAACGCCAAAAAAUUGAAAUGAAGGAUUAAUUACUUGUAUGGGCGAACGGAAGGUGAAUCCAAUCCAAUGUACCAGCGAAGCCACGUGUGAGGUACAACCGCUUCGCCAAAAAAAGAAGCAAAGGCUGGGCCUGGGCUAUGCUUUGCUUUGCUUUGCUGUGCUGAUGCGCGGAUACAACAGCUGCUACCUGCUUCCUGCUUCCUGAGAUUCCGAGGGCGAGGGCGAGGGCGAGGGCGUAACCGAAUUUAGGAAAAAAAUUGAAAUGAAAUAACAGGUCUGCAACGAGUUUGGCAGAGUUAUGGAGUGGAAUUGGGGACGAAAAACUCCAUUUCUUGGUGAUAGGACGAAAUCCCUUGCACCAAUCAGCAAUUUGUUCAGCAAAGGAAGCUCUUAUCAGGUUAUUAGAACCAAAUUCAAGAGCUAAUUGGAGUAAUACAACAUCAUUAGGGUUUGAUUUUCAGAUCUGAGCAGGAAUAAGAGACAUUUCAUUGAAAAUUUUGCCAUUUUGGAGCCAGCCGUACAGUUCCCAGCUAGCCGUACCAUUUCAGCUUGCCUGGGGUUUCAAUAAAAAUAAAAUAAAGGGUUUGCAGCUGGUCUUUUUGUACAAAAAUUAUUAUCAGCAGUAGGAAUUGGCAAACAGAUCAUUUCUUGAGGUUUAUCUCAGCAUUGGAGAGAGAUUUGAGCAAAUCAAUGGGGAAACUUGACCAAUUUCAGUGAAGUCUCCUAGGGCCCUGAGGGAAUCAGCAUCAGACUAAUUUAUUUUUGCAAGAAUUGUUUUUGAUAAUUAUUGUUAGAGCAAAUAAACCUUAUUGGAGGCCUGGAUUUGCUUUGGACAUCAUUAUUUUGCAAAAUAUCAAUAAGAACCUUCAUUCCAGGCUAGGCAUGGGACUUCCUGGUUUUCCGUUUUUGCAAGUUAAAGGAAACUAAAAUUAGUCCCCCGUAAGGGUAGCCAUAUUGGUUUUCAGAAGAAAAGAUUUUGGAAAAGGAGGUUUUCUGUUUUUGCAAGUUAAAGGAAACUAAAAUUAGUCCCCCAUAAGGGUAGCCAUAUUGGUUUUCAGAAGAAAAGAUUUUGGAAAAAGAGAAUACUCGGAUGAUCCUGGACAGAUGGACACCAGUGACAGAGUUGAGGUUGAGGAUUUUGCUGAUGAAACUUCUUCUAGUGGUUAUGUCAUUAGUCAAAUAAGUAGUUCUGGAGAAAAGGACAAACCGUGUUGUAAUGGAGCUAUAUCUACUGUUGCUCAUCUUGAUCAUACUGAAAGUACAAGUGAUCACAAAACUCCUAAAAUCACAGAGUCAGAGAAUCCUGAUGAAGGACUACAAACGAGAUGCAAUGUCAAGGACAGUGAUUGCGUUCAUCCUAAUACUGAAAAUUUUGAGAUUGAAGCCCAAACUGUUACAUCAGAAUUGUCUAAACUUGGUUCAGAUGGAAAACAGGGUAUUGGAAAUGAUAAUGGAACAUCAAUAGUAUGUUCACAGCUGUCUGGUGCUGAUGAAGAUGAAAGACAUCAGUGUUCUUUUGAACAUAAUAACAUGUUUUUAAAUGAAGAAAAUGUGGACAACAGAGUUGAUACUUUACAAAUGAAGCUUACCACAUCGAUGGCAUGUGGAGUAUUAACAACUUGUGUUAAAGGAAAACAAUUGUCAUCUGAGGAGGAGAUAUCAGAGGGACAGAAGCUUUCCUCAGAAGAGAACAAUUUUGAGGGGCAGAAAGAAUCUGAUUCUGUUGGACCGAAUGAAGAGCCUUCAGACAGAGGAUUGAUUCGGGCAAACACAAUGCCUAGUAAAUCUUCAAAUUAUGAUGUGUCUACAUGUGGAGAGACUGAUGAAUUUAAAAGAUCUGCAACUGAGAGAAGGAAAGGAAAUAAAACCCAGGAUAAUGAGAAUAUCCUUCCUAUCAAUGAGAAAAUGUCUAUUCGGAAAAAGCUGAAAAUGAUGAAGAAAUUUGCAAUGGUCAAGGGAGAUGGUACGGUAGAAUUUGAUGUUCAUAGCAGUGCUAGAUUUGCAUCGGACCUAUUUCCUAGCAUUGAGACUCCAUGUGAUCUAGAAGAGGAUGAAGAUGAGGAUGAGGAGAAACCAAAUGUUCCACCACUUCAAAUAGCAAUGUUGAUUGUAGGAACAAGAGGCGAUGUCCAGCCAUUUAUAGCCAUCGGUAAACAUUUGCAGGAGUACGGGCAUCGUGUGAGAUUAGCUACUCAUUCGAAUUUUGAGGAAUUUGUUUUGACAGCAGGGCUUGAGUUCUAUCCGCUUGGUGGUGAUCCAAAAGUGCUUGCUGAGUGUAUGCUAUACAACUUUCAUAAGUCAUAUAUGGUUAAAAAUAAAGGAUUUUUGCCAUCCGGACCCUCAGAGAUAGCUAUACAGAGGAAGCAAUUGAAGUCUAUAAUAAACUCCUUGUUACCAGCAUGUACAGAGCCUUACCCCAUGGGUUCAGGUGUCAAAUUUCGUGCUGAAGCAAUUCUUGCAAAUCCUCCAGCCUAUGGGCAUGUACAUGUUGCAGAGGCACUUAAAGUUCCAAUACAUAUAUUUUUCACAAUGCCAUGGACGCCAACAAGUAAAUUUCCACAUCCACUUUCACGUGUGAAGCAAACGGCAGGCUAUCGAUUAUCUUAUCAAGUAGUGGAUUCAUUAAUUUGGUUAGGAAUUCGAAGUUUAAUCAACGAUUUUCGGAAAAAGAAAUUAAAGCUUCGUCCAGUGACAUAUCUAAGUGGUACACAAGGGUCUAUUACAGACCUUCCUACUGGGUACAUAUGGAGUCCACAUCUUGUACCCAAACCAGAAGAUUGGGGGCCUAAAGUUGAUGUUGUAGGUUUCUGUUUUCUCAAUCUUGCUUCGGAUUACACACCUCCAGAGUCACUUGUGAAAUGGCUUGCAGCUGGCCAAAAGCCUAUUUAUAUAGGAUUUGGAAGCCUUCCUGUUCAAGAUCCAGAAGGUAUGACACAAAUAAUUAUUAAAGCAUUAAAGGAGACAAAACAAAGAGGAAUCAUUAAUAAAGGUUGGGGAGGUCUUGGAAACUUGACAGAACCACAUGAGUUUGUUUACACACUUGAUAACUGCCCUCAUGACUGGUUGUUUCCAAGAUGUGCGGCAGUGGUACAUCACGGUGGAGCUGGAACAACUGCUGCUGGACUCAAAGCUGCGUGUCCUACCACUAUUGUACCCUUUUUUGGAGAUCAGCCAUUUUGGGGGGAGAGAGUAUGUGCUAGAGGCCUCGGCCCUCAACCUAUUCCUGUGGAUCAGUUUUCAUUAGCCAGGCUUGUUGCUGCAAUUAAUUUCAUGCUUGAUGAUAAGGUGAAGGAUAAUGCAAUUGAAAUAUCCAAGGCAAUGGAGAAUGAAGAUGGAGUUUCAGGGGCAGUAAAGGCCUUUCAUAAGCAUUUACCCCGAAAAUUUCCACAACAAUCAGCACCGACCAGGGAAUCACAUUUUUUUGGUGCAUUCUUUAGUGGUAUUGGAAAGAUAUUCAGUUGUAGCUAAUCUUUUUCUUAUUUUCUUUGAGGUAAAGAUCUCAAUCCAAUUCGUCUGUAUAUUAAAUUAGAGAUGAUCGUCUUUUUGAGAGAGUUAUUACAAUCAAUUCUCGCUUUGGUAUAGCUUGAUGAAUAUGUUGAGCUCGUUGUUUCAUAUUUCAUGGCUUGGUUUAUUAUGACCAAGCCCUUGGUUUUGGGUAAUCAGGUCUUUUUUUUGUUUUCUUUUAAUUUCUACUAAGAACAAACAUUAGUUCGUGGGUGCUAGAAACACUUUGUUUCUCAAUACCAAAUCUACCCCUUCCGUAUUUGUCUGAGAUGCUAAUCUAUAAUCAUGACUAUUAUUGUACUUAGUUCUGAUCGGCAGUGAUUUGGUAGAGUACGUGAAGGAGAAUGCAGUUGCAAUUCAUAAGCAUUUACGUAGAAAACUGCAACAAUCAACAGCAAGUCAUAUUCUUUUGGUUACUGAUUUAAAGGUAUUGGAAAUAUAUUCAGUUGUAGCUAA